UUAUAAUAUAGUUGACAUCUCGAACAGUAUUUCCGGGUUACGUUUGCUUGAAUUUUAAUAAACUGGUAUAUUAUCGGAGAAAGAAAAUGAUCACAAUGACGUCAUUACUCCAUGUGUGUAUAGCCAGUGUGCUGUCUGUCCUCGGUUUCCUCGUGGAUAAAGCAGUGUCACAGACGACAGACACGAUGAAUGAGACUGUUAUCAUCGCACCAGACACAGGAGCCCAGGUCCUCAAUUUCCGGUAUCUGUCGACGGACGAAAGAGCGGCUCUCUGGGCCUGUUUUCUCGGUGGACUGAUGGCGAUCGCUGGAGCUGGAAUCCUCUACUACGAAUACCGUCUCAAGAAAUACGAGCAGUUCUUCCCGUACAACCCAAGGAAGAAGUACAAGAAGUCCAAGGGCGUUGAAGAAACAUCUCAUUGAGCGCAUGGUUAUUUUCGAUUGAUGCGAUCAUGGACUAAAGUCUCGACAAGAAUAUAUGCCGUCUAAGGAAAAAAAAAGUUUCUUCUUAUUCAAGAGAAGAAGUACUAGACAUCCGUGAUAAUGGAAGAGACAUCACAUUGACAGGAAUUUCAAAGUUUUAUUAUCUGCUUUAGUUGAUGUAAACAUGGACAAACCUCGUCAGAGAUCAUGCAGCAUCUCAAGAAAUAUAAGUUGUUAUACUUAUUAUUCUUAAGGAGAAGUGCAAGAAAUCCUACAGA